AUGCCAACACCAUUUCGGGUCGCAGUCAUCCAGGCGGAGCCCGUCUACCUCGACAUGAUGGCCACCAUUGAGGAAUCAUGUCGUCUUAGCGCCGAGGCUGCCGCUGGUGGUGCCAAGCUUGUCGCAUUUCCCGACCGCUGGGCUCCUGGGUACCCUCCGUGGAUCUGGGCUCGGCCAGUCGACCAUAAACUAUACACACGAUACGUCUGCAAUGCCCUCCCAGUCGAAUCAGAAGCUAUGGACCCCCUACCCGCAGUCUCUACAUCUCCCAGGCCAUCAUUUUCCCCCCAGGGCGAAGUCCUCCUGCACCGACGCAAGAUCAAGUCAACUCAUAUGGAGCGCACCAUCUUUGGCGACGGAUCCGGCAACGACUUCGACAACGUUGCCGAGAUUUACUUUGGCCCUGACCACGGCAUGGUCAAAGUGGGAUGUCUCGCUUCCUUGGAGCACACACAGCCGCUCCUCAAGUACCACACCAUCUCCCAGGGCGAAAAGAUUCAUGUUGCCAUGUGGCCGCCUGUGUCCCCCAGGGUGGCUAAUGAGAUGGGACGCUCUCAUCCAAUCUUAUGGGAUUAG